CAACCAGGAAAAAGACAAAUCCACUGAUCUCUUAUUAUAUCAUUAACAAACCACCAGCGGAUUAUUUACACGGUUUUCACGCUCACUCCUGAAACUGCGGAUUAUUCUUUCUGGAAAUGGGAUCUACCUUCCAGGUCCCCACCUGCUGGGCACCAUGAUGGUGCUCCCUGCCCAAGCUGAGCCCCUCGUUGCCCUCUGAAGAAGCAGGAUGACAAGAUGGCACAGCUGCUUGUACCGCCCGGACCUGACAGCUUCCUCCCCUUCGUCCCCGAGUCGCUGGCCGCCAUCGAGAGGCGCAUCGCCGAGGAGGAGGCCCGGAGACCAAGGGCGGACCGCCGCAGCGACAGCGAUGAUGAAAAUGGGCCUAAGCCCAAUAGUGACCUGGAGGCGGGGAAAUCUCUCCCCUUCAUCUAUGGGGACACCCCACCCCACCUGGUGUCCACCCCUCUGGAGGACCUGGAUCCCUUCUACAGCAAUCAGAAGACCUUCAUAGUAUUGAAUCGCGGGAAGGCAAUCUUCCGUUUCAACGCCACUCCUGCCUGUUACAUCUUAAGCCCGUUCAACCCCCUAAGGAGGAUAGCUAUUAGAGUUUUAGUACACUCUUUGUUCAGCAUCUUGAUCAUGUUCACUAUCCUGACCAACUGUGCUUUCAUGACCCUCAGUAAUCCCCCAGAAUGGGCCAAGAAUGUAGAGUACACAUUCACAGGGAUUUACACCUUCGAGUCCCUUAUCAAAAUCCUGGCCAGGGGCUUCUGUCUGGGGAAGUUCACUUUCCUGCGGGACCCGUGGAACUGGCUGGAUUUCAGUGUUAUCCUCAUGGCAUAUGUCACAGAGUUUGUGGACCUGGGCAAUGUCUCAGCACUGCGAACCUUCAGGGUUCUGCGAGCCCUGAAAACUAUAUCAGUCAUCCCAGGCCUGAAGACCAUUGUGGGCGCCCUGAUCCAGUCGGUAAAGAAGCUGUCGGACGUGAUGAUCCUCACCGUGUUCUGCCUCAGCGUCUUCGCCCUCAUCGGCCUGCAGCUCUUCAUGGGCAACCUGAGGCAGAAGUGCGUUCGUUAUCCGCUUACCAGCAACGCCACCAACAUCAGCUACGUAACCAGCGACGAGGACAUGUUUGUCAACUACUACAACAACUCCCUGAUGGAUAUCAACACUACGUCUGUGCAGAACGCCACAGAGAACCCCUUCAACUGGACGGAGUACAUCAGCGAUCCGGAGAAUUACUAUUACCUCCCUGGCCGCAGGGAUGCUCUGCUCUGUGGGAACGGCAGCGGUGCUGGGCUCUGCCCAGAGGGUUUCACGUGUAUAAAAGCAGGUCGCAAUCCAAAUUACGGCUACACCAGCUUCGACACCUUCAGCUGGGCCUUCCUCUCUCUGUUCCGACUCAUGACCCAGGACUACUGGGAGAACCUCUACCAGCAGACUCUGCGUGCUGCGGGGAAACCCUACAUGAUCUUCUUCGUGCUGGUGAUCUUCCUGGGCUCCUUCUACCUGGUCAACCUGAUCCUUGCCGUGGUGGCCAUGGCGUAUGACGAGCAGAACCAGGCGACCAUCGAGGAGGCGCAGCAGAAGGAGGAGGAGUUCCAGGCCAUGCUGGAGCAACUGAAGAGACAGCAGGAGGAGGCACAGGUUGCCGCAGCAGCAGCCACAGUGAGCGGCGAGUACAGCGGGAGGGGGGGCCCCACCUCCGAGUCCUCCUCGGGGACGUCUAAGCUGAGCUCCAAGAGCGCCAAGGAGCGACGCAACAGGCGGAAGAAGAGGAGGCAGAGGGAGGAGGAGGAGGAGAGGGGGGUGCGCAAGUUCCACAAGUCCGAGUCCGAGGACAGCAUCAAGCGCUCCAGCUUCCGCUUCUCUGUGGACGCCAACCGCCUCUCUUAUGAGAAGAGAUGCUCCUCCCCCAACCAGUCUCUGCUCAGUAUCCGAGGCUCCCUGCUGUCUCCUCGGAGGAGCAGCCGCACCAGCCUCUUCAGCUUCCGCGGCCGGGCCCGAGACAUGGGCUCCGAGAACGACUUCGCCGACGACGAGCACAGCACCUUCGAGGAGAGCGACAGUCGCCGCGGCUCCUUGUUCCUGCCGCGCCGCCUGGAGCGCCGCUGCAGCGCCGUCAGCCAGACCAGCCUCGGGGCGCCGCGGGUCCUGCUGCCCGCCAACGGGAAGAUGCACUGCGCCGUGGACUGCAACGGCGUGGUGUCGCUGGUCGGUGGAACGUCGGUAACAACCUCCCCUGUAGGUCUCCUGCUGCCUGAGGGAACAACGACAGACACUGAGUUGAAGAAACGCCGAUCGGGAUUUCGCAAGCCGUCCAUGGAUUAUCUGGAUGAACCAGUUGGUCGGCAGCGAGCCAUGAGUGUGGCCAGUAUCCUCACCAACACCAUGGAAGAGCUUGAAGAGUCGAGACAGAAGUGCCCCCCCUGCUGGUAUCGAUUUGCCAACACCUGUCUGAUCUGGGAUUGUUAUCCGGAGUGGCUGAAAAUCAAGGAGGUGGUCAACAUGGUGGUCAUGGACCCAUUCGUGGAUCUGGCCAUCACCAUCUGCAUCGUGCUCAACACCCUCUUCAUGGCCAUGGAGCAUUACCCCAUGACCAAGGAGUUCAACACCGUGCUCUCGGUUGGAAACCUGGUGUUCACGGGCAUCUUCACAGCGGAGAUGUGCUUCAAGAUCAUCGCCCUGGAUCCCUACUACUACUUCCAGGAGGGCUGGAACAUCUUUGACGGCAUCAUCGUUAGUCUGAGUCUGAUGGAGCUCGGCCUGGCCAACGUGGAAGGCCUGUCUGUGCUCCGCUCCUUCAGACUGCUGAGGGUCUUCAAACUGGCCAAGUCGUGGCCCACCUUGAACAUGCUGAUUAAGAUCAUCGGUAACUCGGUGGGCGCUCUGGGGAACCUGACGCUGGUGCUCGCCAUCAUCGUCUUCAUCUUCGCCGUGGUGGGCAUGCAGCUGUUUGGCAAGAGCUACAAGGAGUUUGUGUGCAAAAUCUCUGAAGACUGUAAGCUGCCGCGCUGGCACAUGCACGACUUCUUCCACUCCUUCCUCAUCGUGUUCCGGGUGUUGUGUGGAGAGUGGAUCGAGACCAUGUGGGACUGCAUGGAGGUGGCAGGGCAGACCAUGUGCCUGAUAGUCUUCAUGAUGGUCAUGGUCAUUGGAAACCUUGUGGUCCUGAACCUGUUCCUGGCUCUCCUCCUGAGCUCGUUCAGUGCUGACAACCUGGCAGCCACUGAUGACGACAGUGAGAUGAACAACCUGCAGAUCGCCGUGGGCCGCAUCCAGCGGGGCUUCGCGUUCAUCAAAUCCGCGGUGCGGCAGUUCGUCCAGAGCCACUGCUUCGGCGGGGGCAGCAAGGGAUCCGGUCUGACCGAGGAGAGCAAGCCCCUGGACGAACUGCACAGCAACGGCAAAGGCAACUGCAUCUCGAAUCACACGUCACUGGAGAUCACCAAAGAGCCCAGUAGGGUGUACAUGACGGAGGGCAACGGGCGGCCAGGAGGGGGGCUGGUGGUCGGGGUCAGGGACACGGCUGUGAAGUACCCCAUCGAGGAAAGUGACUACAUGUCAUUUAUUCACAACCCCAGCGUCACGGUCACUGUGCCCAUCGCUGUGGGCGAGUCCGACUUUGAGAACCUGAACACAGAAGAUUUCAGCAGCGACUCGUCGGACGUGGAGGGCAGCAAGGAGACUCGGCAGUUUAACCUCUCAUCUUCUUCCCGGCCCGCGCAGAAGCUCGACACAGAGCCCAAAGGUCUGAGCUCAUCGGAGGGUAGCACGGUUGAUAUCCGGCCCCCGGGAGAUGGGGUUGACUCGGUGGAGCUGGAGCCGGAGGAGUCUAUGGACCCGGAGGCCUGCUUCACAGAGGGCUGUGUGAGCAGGUUCCAGUGCUGCCAGAUCAACGAGGACAACGACAAUUAUAAGAAGUGGUGGAAUCUGAGGAAGACUUGCUUCAUCAUAGUGGAGCACAACUGGUUUGAGUCCUUCAUCAUAUUUAUGAUCCUGCUCAGCAGUGGGGCGCUGGCGUUUGAGGACAUUUACAUCGAGCAGCGGAGGACCAUCAAGACGAUGCUGGAGUACUCGGACAAGGUCUUUACUUACGUCUUCAUCCUGGAGAUGCUGCUGAAGUGGGUGGCAUACGGCUUCGUCAAGUACUUCACCAACGCCUGGUGCUGGCUCGACUUCAUCAUCGUAGACGUGUCCCUGGUGAGCCUGGUAGCCAACGCUAUGGGCUACUCGGAGCUUACCGCUAUCAAAUCUCUGAGGACGCUACGAGCCCUCCGGCCCCUGAGGGCCCUGUCUCGGUUUGAGGGCAUGAGGGUCGUGGUGAACGCGCUGCUGGGCGCCAUCCCCUCCAUCAUGAACGUGCUGCUGGUCUGCCUCAUCUUCUGGCUCAUCUUCAGCAUCAUGGGCGUCAACCUGUUCGCGGGGAAGUACUACUACUGCGUCAACACCACCUCGGACGAGGUCUUCCCCAUCCACAUCGUCAACAACAAGACGGAGUGCCUGAACCUGCUCAACGACAGCGGCCGCUGGAAGAACGUCAAAAUCAACUUUGACAACGUGGGGGCCGGGUACCUGGCUCUGCUACAAGUGGCAACGUUUAAGGGUUGGAUGGACAUCAUGUACGCAGCCGUGGACUCUCGAGACGUGGAAGAUCAGCCCAAAUAUGAAGUGAACCUGUACAUGUACCUCUACUUUGUCAUCUUCAUCAUCUUCGGCUCCUUCUUCACCCUCAACCUGUUCAUUGGUGUCAUCAUCGACAACUUCAACCAGCAGAAGAAAAAGUUUGGAGGUCAGGACAUUUUCAUGACUGAAGAACAGAAGAAGUACUACAACGCCAUGAAGAAGCUGGGCUCCAAGAAACCACAGAAACCGAUACCUCGACCGACCAACGCUUUCCAAGGCUGCGUGUUCGACUGCAUCACGAAGCAGGCGUUCGACAUCGUCAUCAUGAUCCUCAUCUGCCUCAACAUGGUGACCAUGAUGGUGGAGACCGACGACCAGACGAAGGAGAUGGACACCAUCCUCUACCGGAUCAACAUGGUCUUCAUCAUGCUCUUCACCACAGAGAGCGUGCUCAAGAUGAUCUCCCUGCGUCACUAUUACUUCACCAUUGGCUGGAACAUAUUUGACUUUGUGGUGGUGAUCCUGUCCAUCGUGGGAAUGUUUUUAUCCGAAGUUAUCGAGAAAUACUUUGUGUCCCCAACGCUGUUCCGAGUGAUCCGUCUGGCCAGGAUCGGCCGCAUCCUCCGUCUCAUCAAAGGCGCCAAGGGCAUCCGGACGCUCCUCUUCGCCCUGAUGAUGUCACUCCCCGCCCUGUUCAACAUCGGCCUCCUCCUCUUCCUCGUCAUGUUCAUCUACGCUAUCUUCGGGAUGUCCAACUUCGCCUACGUCAAGCGUGAAUCCGGAAUCGACGACAUGUUCAAUUUCGAGACCUUCGGGAACAGUAUGAUCUGCUUGUUUCAGAUCACCACCUCAGCCGGGUGGGACAGCCUCAUGGCGCCCAUACUGAACAAACGGGAGCCCGACUGCGACAGCCAGAUGGAGCACCCAGGCAACUCUUACAGAGGCAACUGCGGCAACCCGUCGGUGGCCAUCUUCUUCUUCGUCAGCUACAUCAUUAUCUGCUUUCUCAUCGUGGUCAACAUGUACAUCGCCGUCAUCCUGGAGAACUUCAGCGUGGCCACGGAGGAGAGCGCCGAGCCGCUGAGCGAGGACGACUUCGAGAUGUUCUACGAGGUGUGGGAGCGCUUCGAUCCGGACGCCACUCAGUUCAUGGAGUACAGUAAGCUUUCUGAAUUUGCAGACGCUCUGGACCCGCCACUGCGCAUGCCCAAGCCCAACAUGAUCCAUCUCAUCUCCAUGGAUCUGCCGAUGGUGAGUGGCGAGCGAAUCCACUGUCUGGACAUCCUGUUCGCCUUCACCAAGCGCGUGCUGGGCGAAGGCGGCGAGAUGGACGUGUUGCGCGGGCAGAUGGAGGAGCGCUUCAUGGCCUCCAACCCCUCUAAGGUGUCUUACGAGCCCAUCACCACCACCCUGCGCCGCAAACAAGAGGACAUGUCGGCCGUCAUCAUCCAGAGAGCCUUCCGCCACUACAUGAUCCGUCUGGCCAUGAAGAAGGUGUCCACCCUCUACAAGGAGAAGCUGAAGGAGGGCAUCCGCGACCCCGACAAGGACGUGAUGGUCAUCAGCAAGUUCACCGAGAACUCCACCUCGGAGAAAACGGACAUGACUCCGUCCACGGCCUCCCCCCCCUCCUACAACAGCGUGACGAAAUCGGACAAGGACAAAUACGAGAAGGAGAACAGGGAAAAGGACAACAAAGGAAAAGACUCGAAAGAACGAAAGAAAUAGACUUUCUUUUUUUAAAGGAACAAAACAUUCAAAUCAGAGACAUGAGAGAAAUUUGUUUACAGCUUCUGAGGGCGGGUAGAUAGACCUAAGCGUGUGUGUGUGGAUUGUGGAGGAAAGCUCCUCCAGGGAGGCCUAAGAAUCAGAGUGUGGUUUGAUGGGUCCUCUCAGAGCGGAGAUGUGGAUAUGAAUGAUCCAGCAGACACUGCCAGAGUCGAGUGGAACAAGGAGAAGCCGCCCUGCAAAUCGCUUGUGAUGUUCCUAUUGGUUGUUGUUGCUAUCUGACACACUUGAGUGUACUGUUAAGUUGUCUGUAGCUAGUGCUGCUGCUACUAAUAUAAAUCCAGUGUCUUGAAUUUAACAAUAGCUGUAUCACUUAACGAGUACUCUGCAUUCUUGUUUGUGUUCUUUUGGUUUUGAGAUUUUCCUUUUUUUUAUGAGAAAGAAUGUUUUCUACUUUUUGUGUCCUUAUCGUGAGAAUGUGUCCACUGCUUUCACUGUUGUAAAAUCACCAAGGGCAGAACAAGUGGAUACUGGAAACUACGACAGCCACGUAAAGCUGGUACGAUGCAGGGUCAGGACCAUGUCAACGCUAGAUCAAGUGCAAAGGACAGAUACACACACACACACACACACACACACACACGCGCACACACACACACACACACACACACACACACACACACUGGUGAUUGUUCAAAUCUGUUUUGUGCUUUUGUCUUAACGGCCAUCUCCCCAUUUCAAUACGAAGCACACAAGUCUCUAGAUUCAGAGAAGCUGAAUGUAUGCAAGCCAAGGAAGGAGAUACAUGUUUGACAUUCAGGGAAACGUGCCUGGUUUCGUUACUGCGGGAGUGAGAUGAGAAGAUUUCAUCCAUUUAGCUGCUGGCGUCCGAAAAGGCUCAUUUAUGCUCAACGCAAGAUUCUGACUCUUUUCAUAGAUGACGGCUGCAGAACUGAGCUUGAACACUGGACUCACAUGUGAUGGUGGUUGUUCCCGCUGUUGGCGCUGACGCCAUCGUCUUAGCAGCAACAAUCACAGUUGGCUUUGUGCUUUUACAUUCAUAUAUGGUCGAGUAAAAUUGGUAAUAUGAAAGUACAGGAGAAAGAGGAUCUUCGGCUGAUACCUCAACCCCCGGUAAACCUUGACAUUUGAGUUCUUUCCUGAACUAAGCAGAAGCGACAUGAUCAUUUCUGGACAUUAAAAGCAUUUUUCAGCUUUGCAGUGAACAGGUUGUUUUCCUCUUCAGCUUUAGCUAAGAUACAAACACAAGAACAAGAUUCACUCCUCAUUCAACCCUCGACGACAAAUCCGUACGUUUCCCUAAAAUGUCGGAGUGAUUUCCUGGAGGUGACGCGCACGUGUGAUUGUUUCAUCCGCUGUCGUAUUGCAGUGUCUCUUCUCCCCGGCUCCUUGUGCCCCCCCCCCCCUCCUCCUCCUUCCCACCUCCUCCACAGCUCUUGUAAAGAAAUAAUCUCAAGUAAUAAAAUAUACAAAAAAAGGAACAAUGUCAAUCUCUCUAACUUCUCGAAUGAAGGUUAUAAUGUCACAACUUGUUGGUUUGAAGUUCAUGUUGUUUUUGUACUGUAAAUAAUAUCUGGGCUCAGAGUAUAUGUAGGAGCACUUUCUAUCCCCCAGCCCUAUGUAACACCACAUGUAAGUGUGGGAGAAAAAGUCUGCACGUGUUUGUGUUUGUAUGCGAGUGUUGUUUAUGUUCUGCUGCAGUAGCGAAACUUCAAACUUCUUUCAUUACUUGAUGACGGCAGGCUUGGACAGGAAGUCGCGUCAUCAGACUGUUGCUCAAUGGGUACAGCCCAGCCCCCCCACCCCCAGGCUCUGUCCCUGCACCAGGUCUUUGUAGCGUUCAGAUUCUCUCUCAAAUGCCUCCUUGCACCCCGCGGCACAGUCAGCUCCACUCGGAAGAUCUUCUCUCCUUCAGUGGGAAACAGGACUUAAUCUUGAUGACAUCUGGAAACUGGAGGCAUCUUUUGCUCUUGAGUUGAUGGUUCCCGGUUCUCUCACGCUCUAGAAUGUCAGCGAGCACAGUCUGUACUUUGUCGUGGCUCCACACAUAUCAUGGUGCCUAUUUGCCCACAGAUCUUGCACAUCGGGCUGCCUCUUCUGCCCCACCUGUGCAGGUUCACGGGGGUGUGAGGGGGGUUGUAGACGGCCCUUAGCUAGAAGGAGAUCCAGAAAGGCUCUAGUCCCAUAGGUCAGCUCUUGUUAACUCUCUUGGGGAGGUCCCACCUUGUCCAGGCGCUCCCUGGUCAUGUUGGCUUGUCCCCAUUGUUCCCAGUCCUCGCCUUUCGAUGAUGUCCUUGAGUUUGAGGUUUCCUUCUGUUUGUGCCAAUAUCAUAUUCUAAAGAUUGUUUUUACUGUAGGUAUGAGUCCAUCUGAUUCACGUUUUUUCCUCCAGGUGUUUUUCUUUUUGCCCCUGCACUGUAACACACAUGUUUGGUCCCAUCUCUGUAGAUACAAACCAUGAAGCCAUCAGUAGCCAUCUCUCAAUGCGCUUGUAGUGUUUUCAGUGAACUGCAUGCAAGUGACUCCUGUCUGCUCAUGUGGUCAUAUCAUUUCAAAGCCAAAAGAAUAAAGGACAUAUUUUUUGUAAAUGCUUGUUUAUUGGAACUUUGGUCAAUUGAACAGGAUCAUGUGGUUCAAGUACAUGUUACACUUAACUAUGUAAUUUGCUAAAUGUGAUGAGUGAUAUAUAUAUUUAUUUUAUUUUAUUUUAACCAAAGAUGUGGCAAGAAAAGACAAAUCUAGAUU